AUGGAUCCCAAUACUUCAGAUCGCCUCAAGAGGCUUCAGAUGGAAGACCUUGGAACCGCACGACGGGAGUAUAUCUCAACUGCAGAUGACAGGCGACACAAGAAGGCUAGGUUGGAAGACAUACAGGCAAUACGAAUGACAAACGUUCCUGGGUCAGCUGCUCAACGCAUGGCCACUGUAAACCAGGAGAGACUUGAGGAUUGGGCAAAUGUCCACAAGACGAUAGGUGAUACCGAAGACCUGGAGAACCUCGACAGCCUCCUGGAUGGACAAAGCCAUCGACUUCAGCUAAGCGCCAUCAUACGUGAAAGUGGAGGGCAAAAAUACAUAGGGAGUCAAAGGCGCUCUGGUUCUGCUCCGGCUACCAGGUCGUUGCAUCCGGUCGGUCGUGGCGGCGGCGUGAUAGGCACGCGAGGACGUGGAACAAGGCAGAGCUCUUUACCGCCGUCCAAUCCUACACCCAGAGGCCAUGUUACUCAGCCUCCGAAGCGAUCCCAUGGAGAUGCAGCUCUUGAUGACAAUGACUUCUACCGAACGGCUCGUGAAGGAAACGCUUCAAGGAAGGAAGAAGCCAUGAGAGCACAAAACAGACGGUCUUACCGAGAAGACCCGUGUCACAGUAUGUUGCAAUCGCCUCCCCCAAAUAAGAUCAAUUUGACCCUUACACUUGGAUACAGGGUUGACUAUAGUAGCAUGCUCAGUCAGCCACAGAGUUUCCUUGCUGCCGCUCGCAGUCUGGUUAGCGCUAGAACUACGCCGGCUGCUCCUACUCCUGCCCUCCAAAUCUCUCGCGAUGGCGGCAGAUCUGAGGCCAGCCAAAAAUCUUCAAGACCAAUGGAUACUACGGAUAGGCCUACCGUUCAGAAAACGCAGCAGGAACCGAAGCCCCAAAUGGCGGAACCUCCCAAGCCUUUUACCCGUCCAGUAGUUCAGCUACCGGCAAUUCCCCCUCGGUGCACAGCUGUGCAGCAAGAGAGUACAACCAAGGCGGACGAACCGCUUCCAGUCUUGCCAUCCUCAGCCGUACUUGAUGCCACCAGUCAGGAUCAAGGGUCUGCAUCUAUGAGCUUGGGGUCGACUGAGGAUGAACAAUCUAUUUCUGGAAUACCUGAAAGUCAAACUGGAACACAAGAAAAAGUUAACUCUGACCUGUCUACAGCGGCAGCUCCCGUACCGGAUAUUAAAGAUACCAGUCCGAAGGCAGCGACUGAUGUCAAGGAAGCCAUCCUGCUUGACUUUAGCUCUACACCACCGGAGCAAAGCAUCCAUGGCCAAAGUCCUGCUACUACGGAGGUGCUAACCCCUUCGCUUGAAGACCUAAGAGGCCUUGACUUUAAACAGGACCUCCACCCCAAGUUUCCAACUAGAAGAAGAGUUGACUUCGACAUGUCUACUGACAAAAGAGAAGCAUCCACCAAUGUGCAUGAUCUCAUGCCUACGAAACAGUAUGAUAAAGCUGAAGCCAGCGAAGAUCUGCAUCGACAGAUCAAUAUGCUGUGCGAGCUUUUGCAAUCGACCUCUCUUUCGGGUGAGCACCGUGAAAGCCUGAAGCAAUGCAAGACAGCGCUUGAAGGGAAGUUGCACGGCGCUUAUAACUCCACAGGUAAAACAACUCAAACACAAGAAGACCCUUUCCUUGGAAAGCCGGUCCUUGAAACUCUUGAAGCGGCAGCUGAGCCAGACGAACAACCUCAAUCGAGUAUCAGUGGUCUAGGUAUACAGAAUGUAUCCAUGGACAACUCCACCCCUAACAAAUCUGAGACAAUAGUCGAACCAGACAAACAAUCAACACCCAGCUUUGGUGAAAUGAUCAUGCCUACAUCCGUGGAAAAUGCCAGACUAGCAAUGGCGAGUCCAAGCCCUUCGAGCCGACUGAACGUAACCGCGCCGCCAUUUGUCCCAAAGACGCCCUUCCGCGCCCAGUCGAAUAGUUUCUCAAGCGAUUCAAAUGCAACAUGCGUGCCUGAAACGCCCUGCCCACACCGCCGAGUUAGCAUGCCAGAGGGACACAUAAUUGGGGAUCACCUGCUGCCAGGCAGGCGUAGAGAGACCAUAUCCUCUGGAACCGAGCCGCUGGCGGCAAAGCAGCCACCGGCCAAGGAGGUCACUGAACCCCGUUUCAAGUUCUCGAUCCCACCGAAAAUCUCACGCAAGUUGACCAUCAAGACACCAGUCAGGGAAGGAUUUGGCAAAGAGGAGACCCCCGGACCAGUUGCUCCACGACUUGCAUCAGGAAAUAUCCCCAAGCCGGCCCCCAAACCUUCAGCUGCUCUGCAGCAAUCUGUCCACGCUCCAAAGGCCAAGCCUUCUUCCGUCCUGGGCGGUCUUGAGAGCUCUAGAUACGCGUCGCCAUCGAGCAAUAAGCCUUUUCGAUGACUCUAAUGAUUAAUCGGUG